UGAAACUUGAUAUUAUAUUGAUCCAAUGUUUCAUAUUUUACAACUUAUUCUAAAUAUAACCUUGUAAAUUGGUGAAAUGUUCUUUUUAUAAAUGUUACACAAUCGUUUUCGUUUAAGUCGGGUUAACUUCAUGUCUUCUCCUUUUCUCACUUGUGUUUCUUAAAUGAGAUUACUCUGGUGUGCUUAUCAUAAUGGAAUUGAGCAUCAUUAAAGACCCUAAAUUGGUUAUUGCUCUGGAUAUUGGAAGUACCUACUCGGGAUAUGCCUGGCAGUCUAGAGACGAGUUCGAGACCAACAGAAAUGAAAUUCAUUUCAACACAAAUUGGGGAGGCGGAGCACUUCAGCUUCAUAAAACAACUACAUGUUUGGUGUUAGAAUGUCAGAAGAACGAAGAAGGAGCAAUAGAUCAAAGACAACCGGACCUUGCACGGUCUUUAAGAAGUAUAAAACUGAAUGUAGACGAUACUGGUAUGAAGGUCAAGAUUGGACAUGAAGCUGAAAAAGUUUACAGUGGAAUAGCAAAGCAGAAACAAGACCCCGGUGAACUUGCUGGUCAAUAUUACUUCUUCAAAAGGUUCAAACUACUGCUUUAUAAUGAGGGAUUUCACAAAGAAUUACUGGUAGAAGAUGAGAUUGGUCAACGACUGCCUUUGUUCGAUGUAAUGUCAUUGUUCAUCAAAGCAUUAAAGGAUCAUUGUUUGAAGAAAAUACAGACUCAAGGAAUAACAGAUGACAUAAACAAAACUCUUUUUGUCGUUACCGUUCCUGCAAUAUGGAAGGAUGACGCAAAGAAAUUCAUGAGAGAUGCAGCUAUAGAAGCUGGUAUUGGAAAAAGAAAUGUAUUGUUAGCCUUAGAGCCCGAGGCUGCAGCUAUAUAUUGUUUACACCUCCCUGAGGGACAAAGAAAAGAAAUGAAUGACAUUGGUUUAAAAGGAAAGAAGUUUCUAGUAGCCGACCUAGGAGGCGGGACAGCUGACUUAUGUACAGUUGAAGUAGAUACAACAGGUCAACUUAAAGAAAUAUGCCCUCCACUUGGUGACCUUGUUGGUGGGCAGAAAAUAAAUGAAGCAUUCAUGCAAGUUUGCCAUGACAGCUUUGAAGGACAAGGUUGGAAAGAAACUUUUAGUAAGGCAACCCCUGUCGAAAUGUUGAAAAUGGAUGCAGAUUUCGAAAGGAAAAAGGUAACAAUCGGUUCCGAAGAUGAAGAAGCAGACAUGAUUGAUAUAGAAAUCCCAGCGCCAGUCCGAGAUAAAUUAGAAGAUAAAACAAUCCGUCUCAAGGACAAUACAUACCUUGCGUUCGAAAGCCGAGAGUUAAUGUUUAAUUCAAGAUAUAUACGUGACAUUCUUUUCAAAGAAACGUGCCAAGCUGUCUAUGGGACAAUAAGGAAAGUGCUUAACAAUACUGGGGCAAAGGGGCUUAAAACCGUCGUCCUUGUUGGGGGUUUUGCGGAAUCACCCAUUGUAAUUGAAAACAUCCGGCACAUGAUUGUUAAUGAUUUUCCGGAAACAAAGGUUGUAAUACCAUCAUCUCCCUUUAAGGCCGUUUUGACAGGAGCAGUCUUGUUUGGUCACGACCCCUUUAUAUUUAGGAGCAGAAUAAGUAGGGCAACUUUUGGAAUAGAGACAAAUGUGUUGUUUGAUGAAAAGGUGCAUGAUGCGUCAAAGAAAUGGAAACACAAAGAUACAGGAGAAGACUGGUGUAAAGAUAUUUUCAGUCUGCACGUACGUAAAGGCAAGUCGGUGAUUCUAGGCGAUAAACAGUCAGUCAAAAACUACACUCCUCUUUAUGAAAAUCAAACACAAAUGCGCUUUCCUAUUUACACUGCUACAUCAUUAAAUCCAAAAUACACAACUGAAGAUGGUUGUAAACACAUUGGCGAUAUCACGGUUGAUAUUCCUGAUACAACAGGUGGAACAAAAAGGGAGUGCGAAGUAAGCGUGAUUUAUGGAGGUACGGAGUUGUCUGUAAUCGCAAAAGACAAGACAACAGGGAAGGAGUUUAACGCAGACAUUCAAUUCUGUUAUAUGUAAAUCUGGUGAGCGUUAAUACGUUAAUAGAGAAAACAGUGUCUGAUAUUACAAAAUUUAUCAGACAAGGCUUAGAAAAAAGAAGCCGUGUCCAAGCCUGAUAAAUUUUAUAAUAUUAAACACUUGUUUGGUAUUCCAUUUACCAUGUUUGCAAUUUUAGUAUGCGUUUCUUUCUUUAAAUUUCAAAUGAAACAAAAACCUCUCGAGUUAAUGCCACGCUCAGUAAUAUGCCAAGGGUAAUGUCCUUAAGAAAUAAACCCAACUGUUUUUAGUCAAAUGUAAAAAAAUCUGGAAAGCAUUACUCACAACAAAAUUACAUAAGAAUUGCAGACUCUGUUCGAUUUAGUCUGUACAUGUAAGACUUUAAAAUCCUUAAAAUGUAUUUGAUUCAAGUUUAUCAGUUUGAUAUUUUUAACUAGUAAGAGGUAAAACAUGUCAUUCUUUACAAUUUAUUUCAAUAUGUAUUGACGAGAUGUCUGAUAAAGCUGAGGUGAUAAAUAAAGCUAAAUUUAUCAGGCAUGCACUUUACCAACAGAAAUCAAUGUACUGACUGUACGAUAUACUAUAAGUUAUUGAAGAAAUGUUCAAAUAAACCACAGAGAGGAAUUUGGUUGAGUCUUAGUCCAACUUUGUAUUCAGAAUAAUAUUAAAUGUAAAUGUAAGUACAGUCAAAAUGACAAGAAGGUUGUAAUAAAUAAGUGCAUACCAUUAUAUUUUACAUAUCAUGAUAUGUCAAAAGAUAUAAGUUAAAGAACUUGAUUUUCGUUUGCAAGAUCAACCUGUUUUUACUUCAAUGUUUUAUUAUAAAAUUUCACACCAUAUGGUAAAGGAGACUUGUAUUCACAUGCUUACAAAUUGAAUGAAAUUUAUUAAUUACAUACAUUUCUAUUUAAAUAUAUUUCUUUAAUUUGCAAUACAAUAAUUCCAUAUAUGAUAUAUUUUUUUCUUCUCAGUACACACGGUUUCCUUAAAAAAAGAUAUCCAUUUUGCGCCAUUUUUAAUCAAGACAAGAAAAGGAUGUCGAUAUAUAAGAUAAAUGUCUUCUUUCAAGUGGAGGAUAAGAAUAAUGUGAAAGAAUACCAGCGGGCAAUAGCAUUUGAAAAUGAAAACAAAUAAUCGUCUUAAAAUUCAACCAGGAAGACACAAUUACAUAAAAACCAACUUCCUGUACCGUAAUUUAAAAUAUUUUUACAUGUAGUUUUUUAUUAAUUAAAUAGCAAAUGUUCAUACAAAACACAUAUUCUAACUUUUGCAUAGCAUAUUUUAGAGCUUUUAUCAUUGCUGUAAAAAGAAUAAUUUUCUUUUGUGUAACUUUUUUUAUUUUAUUAGGUGGUUCACAUUUGACAUUACAAUAAAAAGGAUUUGAUUGAGUAUAUUUAAUAUAGUGAUUGAGGGUUGUUGUACUGAUAAAGUCAUGUCAUCAUAUAUAAUAUUAUUAUGACAUUCAUACUUAGUUACCUCAUGUUUAGCUUAUCUUAUAUUCGUUAUUGCUCUCAAAGUAUUUAUCAUUGUAUUCAUUUGAAAUAACUACUGGUUGUUGUUUUUUCUUUAAAAAAUGAUUUAUUAUUGUAUUUAAUUAUCUC